ACUACUUGGAAACUAAUCAAAAUAGAGCUAGGUUUUGUGUGGUUUGAUGCAUAUAUCAGUUCAUGUCACAAAAAUAUAGUUUAAGGAAUCAACUCAAUUAUCCAGUUGAUUUGGAAGGCGUUGGUGUUCUUGGUUUUACGGUUUAUUGAUUGAACAACAUCGACUAACAGUCGUAGAUCUACUGUCGUUAGAAAAGAUGUCAACAAUAGAAUUUCGUGUUGCGUUUAUUUUGGAUGACUUUGCCAAAAAGGCUGCCUCUGAAAUCACGAAGUUAUUUGAGAGCAAUUUUGCUGCCUAUAUCGAAGAACUGAAUAAGAAGCAGAGACACAUUGAUCAGCUCACAAAGACACUGGAGGCAUACCGAGGUACCAUCAACAGUGAUGAUGGCCAUGGAGUUGAGUAUGAAGCGCACUCUUGGGUAAAGCUAGAACCAGAGGAGCUGGACAAUGCUACCACAGCUUUAAUACCAGCUAGAAACCAAAAGCUAGAACCAGAGGAGCUGGACAAUGCUACCACAGCUUUAAUACCAGAAGAUCCUGGUGACUUCACCAGGUCCGAGAGUGACUUCGGUGCACUGGAGUUUGAGCCAGGCAUGUUGGUGUCCAGUCAAACUCAGACGUCUCAACUUGAAGACAUCAUGUCAUCUGUACCCGGGCGGUCAAAGACAGAAAGUCUAGGGUCAGACGCCUCUGGGAUAGAGCCGUCAGGCUAUGAGGAAACACCACAUACUAAGACGAAUCGGGGACGCCGAGGAGGGAAAACGAAAAAAUCGACCGGUCUGCAGCACAUCUGCAACCUGUGCCACAAACGCUUUUCUCGUGCGACCGCUUUGGUACGGCACCGCUUCGACCACAAACAGGAGGGCCUGCAGGUCUGCUGUUGGUGUGGGGCCGUCUUCCCCGGGAAAAGCCAACUCAUGGUCCACAUGCGCUCUCACACGGGAAAGAAAGCCUUCUAUUGUGACUGGUGUGCCAAGGCCUACGAUACUAAAGCCACGCUGAAGGUGCAUAUGCGGAGAUGCCACGGUUCAAAUUUGAAAUGAAGUGUCUGUGUGAAGAGGACUGGACACGAGAAGAGCACACCGUCCCACCAGACAUCACAAUUCAGAUUCAAAGUGUGACAAGACAGAAAAAGAAAACAAUUCUAUCAAACCAUGUGACACUAGACUAAAUCUGUGAAAUGAAAUAUUAAACAUUCCAGUAUGGUC